AUGCAAACUGUUAAGGGCUGUUUGGAAGCAAAGAAGAAAAAUUGGCAAAGUCGGCUGCCGAAAGCAAAGGAUUUGUCUUCAUGUGUGGGACCUGCGCUUGACAAAAAUGGAAAUGCAUUGAAUGAUCAACGCAACUCAUGGCGAAAUUUGAGGAGAGAGGAGGUUGAUCUCCUCUAUAAAUUGAAGAUCCGUCAUUCAGUUUUAUCAUCCCAAAAACCAAGAAGAAAACAAGGCUUGAAACAAGGAUCCAAGAAUAAGACAUCUGUCAUCGGAAUGGCUUCUCUCAACCUUGCAGAAUUUGCUUGUACUGCUCAAGAGGAGGUUGAGAUAAAUCUUCCAUUGUUGCUGCCGGGUGUUAAUUCUGAGUCUCAUCUAUCACUUAUUUUGGCUCUCAGCCUGUUGGAGUUGAGAACAAGCCAGGAAUCGUUCGAGAUAGUGCAAAGACCUAUAGUGCCAGCUCCUUUGUCACCUUCCUCUGGAGAUGCUCUUCCUUCAGAGAAAAAUGAGCUUUCUGCUCUUAAGGCUGGAUUACGGAAAGUGAAAAUUCUUACAGACUUUGUGUCGACUAGAAAGGCUAAGAAGACUUGUCGUGAGGAUGAAAGUAGUGAAGGAAGAUGUUCUGCUAGGAGCGAGGAUGCAGAUUACCCUUACCCAUUUGACACUGACUUCCUUGAUGAUGAUCUUGAAGGAGAACUAGAAGAGGGUAAGGAGAAUUCUAGCAUCAGGAGGUCCUUUAAUUAUGGUACUUUGGCUACUGCAAGCUAUGUUGGUGGUUCAUUUUACUCUGAUAUGAGAAUAAAUGGAGAGUAUGAGGAUUGGGUGUACUAUAGUCAUCGCAAGUCAGAUGUGGCAUGUUCCCAUGCCGAGGAUAUGACAUCAUCUGUUCAGGAGCAGACUGUGUUGUCUUCAAAGAGGAGUAUCCUUCCAUGGAGAAAGAGGAAAUUAAGUUUUAGGUCUCCUAAAGCGAAAGAAGAGCCUUUGCUGAAAAAGUGCAAUGGAGAGGAAGGUGGAGAUGACAUCGAUUAUGACAAUUGUGACAAGCGGCAGCUAAGUUCCUCUGAUGAGUCUCUCUCCGGAUUGAAGGGCAAGGUAGAUGAAGAUGCUAGUUGCCCAAGCCCUUCUUUGCCAUCAAAAACAUAUUCAUCAGCAGCAGAACAAGCUCAUAUGCUUGCGCAUACAUUAGCGCAAAAUGAGCAAAUUCCGGACAGGAGGUCGGUUGUCAAAGAGAAUCGCUUGACAUCUCAAAUUCUCGUCAAAUGGAAGCAGCGCAUUUCAUUAGCUUCAACUGAGAGACCUUCCUGUGAACUUGUUAAACACUUUCCUACCUUUGACCUUGAGACAAGGUCAAAUUUAAGGGGAGGGUAUUUGUCAGGUGCAGGACCUGAAGUUGGUACAGGAACUGAUAACCUGGACACAAGCAAUGGGCAGGAGCUGGAGCUUUGA